UAAGUGUACAUGUACAUAUACACAUACAAACAUGUCUCUUGAGAGUGAAACGAUCGUUGAGUGCAAAUGUGAUUCUUGCAUUAAAGUCCGAUAUAAUAUUAAACAAAUAUUUCUUGUACUUGAUGUUUAUGGCUGGUUAUUGGAUUCCUAUAUCGUGGACUUUUUCCUGGAGGAUUUAUGGAGCAAAUUGCCAGGAGAAUGGCAAAGGACUUUGGAUUCUGUGACUCCGUGCGAAUUAGGAAAAUGGAUUUUAGGCGAAUCGGGUACACGAGUUUGGCCUUUAUCGUUAAUAGCUUUGAGACAAGUUAUUCGGAAGUUGGAAAUUAAUAGGAAUCAUAAUGAAAGGGAAGCUAUUAAAUGCCGUGGAAGAGAAAACGGAGGAGUGAGCGAUGUUAAUUACUUUUCAACGGGAAAGAUAAAUUCUGUAAAUUCAAGUUCAAAUUUAAACCAAAAUUUGAAACCUAAAUUUGAUAAACUUUUUAUAAAGCAUGUGAAAACGAAAAAACGAUACGAAAUUGAAAAAAUAGCAAAGAUUUUAAAUGACUGCACAUCGAAAACGAAUUGUACCUGUGUUGUCGACAUUGGUGCCGGAGUGGGACAUCUGUCUCGCGUUCUUGCCUUCAAAUAUGGAUUAAAUGUUAUUUGCAUAGAGCAGGAUUCAACUUUGACGAAUCAAGCAAAAAAGUAUGAUAAUGAGCUGUCAGCUUCCAUGGAAAAAUACAAGUUUGCUUCCAGUGGAAAAAUUGACCAUGUUUCAAUGACUGUCACUGCGAAUAAUUCCGGAGAACAUGUGAUCAAUGAUUUAGUCACAAAUUUUGCCAACGGAUCGAUUAAAAAAUUAAAAACAGAAGAAUUUGGCAUAAUCGGAUUACAUCCUUGCGGAGAUUUGGCUACUACACUUUUAAGAUUGUACUCGUCCUGUGAAAAAGCAAAAUUCAUCUGUAUUGUCGGAUGUUGUUAUAUGAAACUUACUCUCAGGAAUGAUGAAAAUAAUUUGAAAGGAUACCCGAUGAGUAAACAUGUUUCAUUGAUGUGUAAUAAUAAAUUAUCUUUCAAUGCUCUUGAAGUGGCUUGUCAUGCUGUUGAAAAACAUUGUGAAAAGCUGAAGAGUGACAAUUAUACCGAUUUAGUUGUACAUACAUACAGAGCAGUCUUGGAAUAUAUUUUGGUUGCAAAAAGUCCUAAACUUCGUCGUAUUCAAGUGAAAAGUGUAAAAGUAAAGGAAGGCAUGUCGUUUGAACAAUACUGCAAAAGUGCGAUAGAAAAUUUCGAGUUCGAGAAUCAACCAGAAUUGUCUAGUUUUACACAAUCGAAUAUUUGUGAAUUUUUGAAAAAGUCUAAAAGAGUAUUAAUCUUUAACUCACUUCGACUGAUGCUGGCACCAUUAGUUGAAACUUGCAUUUUGUUAGAUAGAUUUCUGUUCCUCUCCGAAAAAGGAUUGAUUCCUUCAUUAAAGGCUGAAUUUGAUUGUAAGCUAUCGCCGAGAAAUUUUGUACUUACAUCGACAAAGUAAUUAGUGAUUUGAAACGAGACCACAGGCUUGGUUUUGGUGAAUUUUCUCCUUCAUCACCAUCAGGAUCUAUAUUUUCAGGAUUCUCUCCAGCGGUGUUUGCGGUUGACUUUGAGGAAACAGAAGACGCUGAAUCGUCUUCUUCACUA